AUGGAUACUGAUGGCAUUGACGAUUUCUCGGACAGUCUUGUCAUCACGCCACUAGGAUCUGGACAGGAAGUUGGUCGAUCGUGUCAUUAUUUAACUUUCAAAGGAAAGAAAAUACUGCUAGAUUGUGGCAUACAUCCGGGAAUGAGCGGUGUGGAUGCACUUCCAUUUGUUGAUUUUGUGGAUUGCGAGGAACUCGACCUACUACUGGUGACACAUUUUCACCUUGAUCAUUGUGGUGCCUUACCAUGGUUGCUGGAAAAAACGGCAUUUCGUGGUCGGUGUUUCAUGACACAUGCAACAAAAGCUAUUUAUCGUAUGUCGAUUGGUGACUAUCUCAAGGUUUCGAAGUACGGUGGUUCAAGUGAUAAUCGAAUGCUUUAUAACGAAGAGGACCUAGAAAAAAGCAUGGAAAAAAUUGAGGUAAUUGAUUUUCACGAGCAGAAAGAGGUGAAUGGUAUCAAAUUUUGGUGUCAUGUUGCGGGCCAUGUUUUGGGUGCCUGUAUGUUCAUGAUCGAAAUUGCUGGUGUUAGGAUAUUGUACACGGGAGAUUUUUCAAGACUCGAAGAUCGUCAUUUGUGUGCUGCUGAAUUGCCCACUGUAUCACCGGAUGUUUUGAUUUGUGAAUCAACUUAUGGGACGCAAGUUCAUGAGAGUCGAGAUGAAAGGGAAAAAGGUUCAAAUUUUAGAAUAUGCAUCGAGGUUGAAGUUCAGGAUGUAAUCUUAGUUAUGGAUCUAAAAUCAUAA